AGCAGCUCCAAGGUGCCGGGAUGCUCGGGUCCGGGAGCGAACAGCGGGUCCGGGAGCAGAGAGAGCCGCCCAUCCCCGGCUCUAUUGUGGGGAGGCAGCCGAGGCCCCUCGCAUCUCCGUUCCAGGCGGAGGCGUCUGCUGCCAAGGCGCCUCUUCACCUCGACCCUCCGCUACCCAUGCCCACCCGGGCCGUCUCUGUCCCGGCAUUUCCCCGGGACGGCUCGCAGCUGUCCCCAAGGCCUAAUCAAGAUGUCACCACGAGCUCCCACUGUCCAAGUCGCAGCCUUCGCUUAGCAACACCAAACGCCCUCUCCCAUCCUCGGCGGGUGCGAGGAGGAACGCCCCCUCCCCCGCCACACGCGCGCAGCCCCCAUCCCCUGCCUCUCCUCCGUCUCGGGAGUUGUGGCGGCAUCGGCUCCCUCGCCCCGGCGCCCCCUCGCCCCCCGCCGCUGACCGCCUUCUGCCUGAACUUACAUUAUCCUUCCCUGGCCGAGUCCACAGCUCUCUGAGAAGAGGAUGCAAAUCCAACAGCCUGGAAUUCAGAGCCUUCUCCUGCAGGGUCAAGAGACCAACAGAAGGGAGUCCCUCUGCCUGUGGCACUGUCUACACCCACAGGAUCCCACACUCUUAUUUGUUUCCACAAAGUAAAAUGAGGCUAGAAAUAGCUGCCCAACAAUAAUUUAUCUUUAUUUUUUCCUUGGCUAUUUUGUAUGUGUUCUGAGGGAAGAGAGAUGGCCAGUUUGAGAGAAAAUAAUUCCUUUGUGGAUGUUGUGGGGGAGAGGCUGGGUGUAAAAGGUGGGGUGUUCCUCCCAUGUUGGGGAGUAUGGGCUGCAGAUUUAUCUCCCCCCUCCUCCCCUCCCCGCCCCUUGGGGCUGCAGAUUUAAAUUAAGAGGAAAUAAAGAAGAAAUUUUGGGUUGCAUUUUUACUGGAAAAAAGUCAGGACUUAUUUCUGAGCCAACUCCUGAAACAAGCUGUAUCCUGAACCUACUGUGAGGAAGGGGACUGCCCAGAAGCUACAAUUGAACUAACUGUCCUCAGUGAGCAACAAAGACAUCAUGUUUUGUGCUUGAGACUUCAGCCUCUAUUGACUAGAACAAGAUAUAAUUCUGAAACUGCCAAAGUGAAGGCAGCUCCCACCACCCUGGGGCCCACCCAAGAAGCGCUAUUGAAACCUCUCCUGCUUUCCAAUGGUAAGGCUAUUUUCUUCUUUUAAGACUUUAUUUUUAUCUCUGGAGCCACUCUUCUGACUGUUCUCAUGACCUAGGGAGUUGUCUGGAUUCUCUGGUUUUAGGCUGUUAGCGGAGAAGGCUGAAGUUCACCACAUACCACAACGCAAGGUUCGCAGGCCCAUUAAGG